AUGAUUGAUGUAAUUGAAGAAAUUAGCGGCUCAACUGAACAUAUGGAAUCCUUACUAACUGUGACAUUUACAACCACUACUAACUUUGGUGAUAACAAUGCAAAUUCUUCAAGUCAACUCAUGGUUGUAUUGCAAGAUAAUAUUGAUAAGGCUGGAACAUCUUUAACUGAGCAUAUGGAACCCUUACAAACUGUGACUUUUACAACCACUUCUAACCUUGGUGAUAACAAUGCAAAUUCCUCAAGUCAACUCAUGGUUGCAUUGCAAGAUAAAAAUGAUAUAGCUGCAACUUCUUUAACUGAGCAUAUGGAACCCUUACAAAUUGUGACUUUUACAACCACUUCUAACCUUGGUGAAAACAAUGCAAAUUCUUCAAGUCAACUCAUGGUUGCAUUGCAAGAUAAUAAUGAUCCACCAUCUUCUAUGAAUCCUUUUGAACCUAUUAAUGACCGUAAUAUCGUACCUUCUUUAAGUGAACAUUUGUAUGGUACACCUACUCAUAAUCUUAAUCGUAAACAGUUCAUCCCUCAUUGUGAGAAAAAUCUGAUACCAGUAUUGCAUAUGACUUUUGAUUCAUUAGAAGAAGGGGUGAAAUUCUAUGAAACAUAUGCUAAGGCUUGUGGUUUUGACAUUAGAUCAGGAACUAAGAAAGUAUAUAAAGGUGUUGUUACAUCUAAAUACUAUUUGUGUAAUAAACAAGGGAUGAGGGAAGAGAAAUUAGGUGCAUUGAGAAGAAGUCUUGUAACUCGUGAAGAUUGUUAUGCUAAAAUUGUUUUUCAAAUGACUAAAGAGGGUAAAUAUUGGGUUUUUAAGUUUAUUGAAGCCCAUAGCCACAUUCUUGCCUCACCUAUUUCUAGGCAACAUUUAAAAGGGUCAUCUAGUUUAAACAGUGGACAAAAAAGAUACAUUAUGAACAAUUUGAACUUGAAUAAAGGUCCAACAAGUUCAUAUAGGAUGUGGAAAGAACAAGUAGGAAGUUAUUUAAAAGUAGGUGCUUCACUUGAUAACUUUAAAAACUUUUAUAAGGAUUUAAAGUGUUUUAUUAAUGAAUCUGAUGGGCAAAUGUUUGUGGAAAUGUUUGUUAAGAAGAAAGAAAUUUCACCUAGUUUUUUUUUUUUUGAUUUUGAGGUUGAUGAUACUAAAUCUCUAUCGAAGGCAAUUUGGGCAGAUGGUAUUAGUAGGAGAAACUAUUCAUUGUUUGGUGAUUCGAUAUCUGUGGAUGCUACUUAUGGUACUAACAAGUAUAAUCAAAUUUUUGUUCCUUUCACGGUGUUGACCAUCAUAAAAAAAUGUGUCACUUUUGCUGUCGGUCUUAUUAGUAGGGAAGAUGUAUCUUCUUAUACUUGGUUAUUUGAAUCUUUUUUAAGGGCAAUGGAUGGAAAACAACCAAAUUCCAUUAUAACAGACCAAGAUCCAGCCAUAAAAAUUGCUCUACCCAAUGUUUUUGACAAGGAUAAUAAGCCCCAUGAAUUUGAAGAUCAGUGGUCAAAAAUGAUGUCGGAUUAUGAGCAUGCUAAUUUAAGAAAUAAUGACUGGUUGAAUAGUAUGUAUGAUAUUAGAGAAAUGUGGGUGCCCGCAUAUUUUAGAGAUCUUUAUAUGGGUGGUUUGCUUAGAACAACAUCUAGGUGGGAAAGUGAGAACAAUUUUUUCAAUUACUUAGUGAACAAAUUUCUUACAUUAGUUGAACUCCAAAUGAGUGUCUACACAGAUGUUGUUUCUAAGGAUUUUCAAAAACAAAUUCUAAGUGCACGCGAUGAGUGUGGUUUUGAAAAGAAUUUCGUUAGAGAUGGCAAGGAUGUGUAUCGUGUGGUACAUUUCAACACUGGGACAAUUUUUGAAGUUGUGUAUGAUGCACAAACAUUGUAUGUUGAUUGCUCUUGUAAGUUAUUCAAAAGAGUAGGAGUCUUAUGUAAGCAUGCAUUAUGGGUUUUGCAUGCAAAAGGCGUUAAGUAUAUACCAGAACCUUACAUAUUGAAAAGGUGGACAAAAGAUGCUAGCAAAACACCUGUCUAUGAUAUUGAUGGCACAUUAUUGGAUGGCAAUAAUGCUAUGGAAUCUAGAAAAGGGGUUUUAGGAAAUGUUUGGAAUGAGGUACAUCGAUGCAUUAAUUUGGCAGAAGAUGAUGAGGAUGAUUUAGUUGAACUUUUGCACAAAAUGAAGUUGUAUUCAGCUGAGCUUUUAGCAAAAAUGAAUCGUGGGGUUGAGAAGACAAAACGUCAAGAGUUAGAAAAGUUUUUGGGGUUUUAA